CUGUUGCAAAAUGAGCUUCAUUAAUGUUUUUAGUGGUAUAUAUGCAUGCCUUAUGUUGUGUACAAGGUCUGUUAAUUCAAAGGCACACCUUUUGGGUUUUACUAGUUAGCGAUUUAUUUGUUUGCCUGUCAUUCUGUUAGAUUGAUUUUCCAUCAGAAUGAAAUUCCCUCUGAAUAUUGUUUUCACAGGAGAAUGGAAAAGUAAGUUGGUCUUCUGUAACAUUCCCACCAGCUGUCCGUAGAAUGGAUACGCUUAAUGAUUUACUAGCUGUAAGUGACCUUAUAUCGUUUCACUGUGAUUUAACAAAUGAAACCAUUCAGAUUAUCAACGAUGAAUGUUUGCAGCAUAUUAAACCUGGUGCUUUUCUUGUGAAUACGGGUAGCAGUCAGCUCUUGGAUGAUUGUGCAUUGAAGCAGCUUCUGAUUGAUGGCACUUUAGCUGGUUGUGCCCUGGAUGGUGUUGAAGGGCCUCAGUGGAUGGAAGCUUGGUUGAAGGAGAUGCCCAAUGUAUUGAUACUUCCUCGAAGUGCUGAUUAUAGUGAAGAAGCGUGGAUGGAGAUAAGGGAGAAGGCUAUUUCUAUGUUACAAACAUUCUUUUGUGAUGGGUUUAUACCAAAGGAUGCAGUUUCUGAUGAGGAUGAGGAAGAAAGUGAAAUAGUUGAUGAAAAAGGACAGUUUAGCAUACAAGAGAAGGAAAGUGCUUUGCAGGGAUGUGGUGAACAAUUGAUUGAUGAUAUUCAACAAAGUCCUGAAAGUUCCCGUAAAAAGGAUACCAACCAAUCUAAGGAUUAUCCUAAUCAAAACCAGCACAUAGAUACCAUGUCAAAUGUAACUAAAAGAGAUCCUGCAGCACAGUUCCUUGUUGUCUACAGAAACAUGGACACUGUUGGUCUGCGUUCUUUUGCUGCUGGUGGGAAGUUGCUGCAGAUUAAUAGAAGAAUGGAAUUCGUCUUUGCUAGUCACAGCUUUGAUGUUUGGGAGAGUUGGACAGUGCAAGGUCCUUUAGAGGAAUGUAGGCUGGUCAAUUGCAGAAAUCCUUCAGCAGUUUUGGAUGUACGCAUAGAGAUUCUGGUAGCUGUGGGGGAGGAUGAUGGGAUAACUCGGUGGCUCGAUUAGGAUGUCAACAGAAUUAGGAGGCUAACUUUUCUAUUGCCCACUUUCUAUCUUUCCUUGUUUUGCUUAAUC